GGCCAACUGGCUCCCAAGGGCAGCCCAAGUCUCAGCGGCGGCUGAUCCCAGGCGGGGAGUCCGACGGACCCCAAAGCCCAAUGUGGAAGGGGCGCCACACCCACACUCUGCAAAGAGAGUUCUGCAAACGGGUAUCUCGUGCAAACAGGAUAUUAGCUUUUGUCAGACAGAUCACAAAGGGCUUGAGGUUUCUCUUCUCAGCCUCAGGCUCCCUGCCUCUCCCUCUCCGGCUUUAUCUGCUUCGCUCAGUCUGCGGGCAGGAAGAGAUGGCAGCGGGGGAGACACAGCUCUACGCCAAGGUUACCAGCAAGCUCAAGGGCCGCAGCUCCUCCGCGCUCCUGGAGCCCCUCCUGGACAUGGGCUUCCCGGCCCACACCGCGCUCAAGGCACUGGCAGCUACGGGGAGGAAGACGGUGGAGGAGGCAUCAGACUGGCUGCGAUGCCACUGCAAUGACCCUUCUCUCGACGACCCCAUCCCCCAGGAGUAUGCCCUGUUCCUCUGUCCCACUGGGCCCCUGCUGGACAAACUUCAAGAGUUCUGGAGAGAGAGCAAGCGUCAGUGUGCAAAGAACAGAGCCCACGAGGUCUUCCCUCACAUCACGCUCUGUGACUUCUUCACGUGCGAAGACCAGAAGGUGGAGUGUCUGUACGAGGCACUGAAGCGAGCGGGGGACCGGAGCCUGGGCACCUUCCCCGCGGCCGUGCCACUGGUUCUCCACUCUUCCGUCAGCUACCUGGGCUUCUUCGUGGACGAUGGCCCCGCAGACAUCAUCCGGGAAUUCGCCGUGAUGUUCGCCACAGAAGCCUCGGUCCUAGCAGACUGCACGGUGAAGCCUUGCACCAAGCAGCUGCAUCUGACCCUGGCCCACAAGUUCUACCCCCACCACCAGAGGACGCUGGAGCAGCUGGCCAGAGCCGUCCACCCAGGCCACAGCUGCCAGUGGACAGCCGCGCUUUACUCCCGCGACAUGCGCUUCGUACACUACCAGACCCUGCGGGUCCUGUUCCAGUACAAACCCCAGAACGUGGACGAACUAACGCUAAGCCUCGGGGACUACAUCUUCGUGGACCCCACUCAGCAGGAGGAAGCCAGCGAGGGCUGGGUCAUUGGGAUCUCCCAGCGGACAGGCUGCCGGGGCUUCCUGCCCGAGAACUACACGGAGCGGGCCAGCGAGUGUGACACCUGGGUGAAGCACAGGACGUACACCUUCAGUCGUGCCUUGGACCCAGGCUCCAGGAAGGACGAGGCCAGCAGCAGACGCAACGGGGAGCCCCACGCGCCACACAUGUCCCGGAGCGCCAGCAGCCUGCAGUCCCUCCAGGCCUCGAUCCUGAGGAGAGGCGUGUUGGUGGUGCGCCACGGGGAGAGAGUGGAUCAAGUCUUCGGGAAGUCGUGGCUGCAGCAGUGCUCCACCCCGGACGGGAAGUACUACCGGCCAGACCUGAACUUCCCUCGCGGUCUGCCCAGACGGAGCAACGGUAUCAAAGACUUCGAGAGCGACCCACCGCUAUCAUCUUGCGGAAUUUUCCAGUCCAGGAUGGCAGGGGAAGCGCUGCUGGAGAGUGGUACCAGCAUCACCUCCGUGUUCACCUCCCCGGCCCUCCGCUGUGUGCAGACAGCCAAGCACAUCCUGGAAGAGCUCAAACUGGAGAAAAAAGUUAAGAUAAGAGUGGAACCUGGCAUCUUUGAAUGGACCAAGUGGGAGGCCGGCAAGACCACCCCAACCCUCAUGACCCUGGAAGAGCUGAAAGAGGCCAAUUUCAAUGUCAGCAUGGAUUACAGGCCCGCCUUCCCCCUGGCCUCCCUCCUGCCCGCCGAGAGCUACAACGAUUACGUGCACAGGUGUGCGGUGAGCAUGGAGCAGAUCGUCAGCACGUGCUCCCAGGAUGGGGGUGUCACCCUGAUCGUGGGCCACGGCUCGGCACUGGACUCCUGCACCCGCCCGCUGCUCAGGCUGCCGCCCCGGGACUGUGCAGACUUCGGCCGGCUGGUGAGAAAGAUCCCCUUUCUGGGCAUGUGCUUCUGCGAAGAAAACAAAGAGGAAGGGAAGUGGGAGCUGGUGAACCCUCCCGUGAAGACGCUGACUCAUGGCUCAAACCCCGCCUUUAACUGGAGGCACUGGGUCCAGGACAACUAAGAGCCACCUCGAUGUUGGCAUAAGGUGGCGGUGAGGGGGCAGAACCCUUCACAGAGGCUGGGAGGCACCAUGAGGUGGACGGGGUCUUUGCCCCCCCCUCCCCCGCCCCCAGUGUGAUUGGUAGAAGCACAAAAUGCACUUUGCGGCGCCAGAGUGUCUGCCCUGGGCUUUCCCCCCGGUGCCCGCCCUCGGCGGCCCCGUCGUCCUGCAAGCUCGGCCGUGGGGACGCCACCGUGCGCCAUGUGCAUCAUCAGCCUGGAGGGGACCGAGGAGCUGGGACUCUGGUGUCGAGGAAUUAAAGACUCAACACACACCCCCCCGGGGAAAAACCCCCCUUCAUUUUACACGUUUCUCUUUGUCAAGCUCCCCAGCCUUUGUCCUUUUUCCGUUUGCAGUUGCUCUUGGGCUAUGUCCGCAGGGGCCGAAAGAGGCAGGCUGUCGAAUAAAAUGGUACAAGAAACCACCUCCCAAAUCAAAACCGGGAACCGAGCUCAGUGUCCACA